ACCUCGCGGGGGCCAGCUCUCCGCGCGCGCGCGCAUAGAUAGCCGCCAGUGCGCUAGCGAUUGAGUGAAAAGCCUGUCGCAACCACUUUCAGCCCGCUGCGAACUCCGCAGCGAUCCGGACUUGCAACUCCUUGCAUAGCCCACCUGGUGGAAACAGCUCGUGCCCACGCUGUCGCCGCGAGUGUUGGACCGCCGCGCAUACCAGCAUCCCAAAGCAAAAUGUCGACCCUCGCCGAAAAUUUGAUAGCCGCCGUCAAGGGCGUCGCCGCGCUGGCCGGCGCCGGCUGCGUGGCGCUCCUCGGCGCGCUCUACGCCUUCCAGCGCAAACUUAUUUUUGCGGGCCACGCCAUGGACAUCGGGCCCGCGUUACCGAUCCGAAAAGGCCGGAAGAUCGAGGUCGACGUCCGCAACGAGCAGCGCCCGCGCGGCGCGCCCGACGUGAUUGUGGGCGUCUACUUUCCUCCAACGAAACCGGGCGCCAAGACGCUGGCGUUCUGGCACGGCAACGCCGACCAGCUCGGAAAUGUCGCGGACUUUCUCGGCCAAGCGUUGCAGCAGCGUUUAGGAGUUGGUUUUCUCGGUAUCGAGUACCCGGGGUACGCUUUGUGUACGUCUGGGGAACCGACAGAAACAACCAUACACUGGACCUCGCAGCGGAUGCUGCGGCACCUCCGGGAAACCCUAAAAACGCCGGCGCGCGACACGGUAGCCUUCGGCCAGUCGAUCGGCGGCGCCGUAGCUCUGAAAGCGGCCCACGACGGGUUGGUCGGGAGCUGCGUCCUCCUGAGCAGCUUCGAGUCGAUCCCGGCCAUGGCGAAAGCUUUGUUUCCCUUCAUCCCGGCGCCGCGGGCCCUCGUGAAGGAUCCUUUUGAUAAUGCGAAACUGGCGCCCUCCGUAAAUGUGCCGGUGCUCUGCCUCCACGGCACGCGCGACGAGAUCGUGCCCUUCGCCCAGGGGCGGGCCAUCUGCGAUUUAUUACCCUCGUCUGAAUUCGUUUCAUUACCAAACUGCGGCCACAACGACACGUUCAACGGCGCGGCCUAUCGCUUGAUCGUCGACUCGCUGGCGGCGUUUCUCGAGGGCGCUGCCCGUUGGGGCGGCGGGCGCGUCCUCGGCGAGGGGUAAGUUGGAUAC